GUCAGAGUCCAGCCCUCUCAGAUCCGCUUCAGCUGCCUGCCGAUGUCCCGGGUGGAGUGCAUGCUCAAACUGCCCUCCUUAGACCUGGUCUUCUCCUCCAACCGAGGAGAGCUGGAGACCCCGACAGGAGCCCAUCCCACUGAGGGUUCUCACCCCCCCUCCUCCACUCCACCAGGGCAGCACAUCCCCAAACCCCCUCCCAGCAAAGCAUCUCCGUUGCUGGGGAGCCCUCUGGGCCGGAGCCGCCACAGCAGCAGCCAGUCCGACCUCACCGGCCCCCCCAGUAACUCCUCAGGCCUCAGCUUCACCGCCUGCAUGUCUGACUUCUCCCUCUACGUCUUCCACCCCUACGGCGCCGGGAAACAGAAAUCUGCCGUCACAGGCCUGCCUCCAGGCCCAGGGACAUUAGGUACUGUUGAUGAGGAGACUUCUUCAGUAACAGGGAGAAAAGACUCUCUGAGUAUCAACCUGGAGUUUGUGAAGGUCAGCUUGUCCAGGAUGAGGCGUACUGGAGGUCCCACCUUCAUCGAAAGCUUCAUUCCUGCCAAAGGUGGUAAAAUGGACACCACCCUCAUCAACAUCUCAGCUGUGUGUGACAUCGGCUCAGCCUCCUUCAAGUACGACAUGAGACGACUGAGUGAGAUCCUGGCCUUCCCAAGAGCCUGGUACCGUCGGAGUAUCGCCAGGCGCCUCUUCCUGGGAGACCAGACCAUCAACCUGCCAGCCUCUGGCCCCGCCACCCCUGAUUCUGCUGAAAACGUCACCCAACACCUGUCCCCCGAGUCCAGCCGCAAAGCCUAUUGGAGGACGUGGGACGGCAGCACCGGGACACAGCACAUUCCCCAAUCCCCCAAUGUCUUCUCAGAGCACUCCACCGGAAGCAACAUGUCCCCUGGCGGCCUGGGACACCUCAAGUCCCCUGCACCUGGACGCACCAGGAGUGUGUCUGAUUCCUCUGCUCCCAGGAGAGACUCUGUGACGAAAACUUCCACCCCAUCGUUCAGUAAAAACGGGAAGGCAGCAGGUCAGCAGGGGGCGCCGUGGGAGACACUCGUGGUGUUCGCCAUCAACUUGAAACAGCUCACGGUCCAAAUGAACAUGAGCAACGUCAUGGGAAACAAUACCUGGACAACCAGCGGGUUGAAGAGUCAGGGCCGGCUGUCCGUAGGCAGCAACCGGGACCGAGAGAUCAGCAUGUCGGUCGGCCUCGGGCGCUCCAAGCUCGACUCCAAGGGCGGGGUGGUGGGUGGCAAUAUAGACGUGAACACCCUGGAGAUGGUUUCCCACAUCUCGGAGCACCCAAACCAGCAGCCCAGCCAUAAAAUCCAGAUCACCAUGGGGUCGACAGAGGCGCGUGUGGACUACAUGGGCUCCAGCAUCCUAAUGGGAGUUUUCAGCAACGCUGACCUGCAGCUGCAGGACGAGUGGAAGGUCAACCUGUGCACCGUCGACACCAGCCUGUCAGAGAAAAGUGAAAUCUUCGUCCAUGGAGACCUGCAGUGGGACAUCUUCCAGGUGAUCAUUUCACGCUCCACCACACCAGACCUCAUCAAGAUCGGCAUGAAGCUGCAGGAGUUUUUCACUCAGCAGUUCGACACCAGCAAGCGGGCCCUCUCCACCUGGGGCCCCGGUCCCUACCUGCCCCCCAAAACCCCUGUCAUCAACACGGAGAAAGGAUCUGCAGAGCUGUACAUGGACGCGGCCCAUCACCGCCACUGGCCCGGGGUGCUGAAGGUAAUCGCCGGCUGCCACAUCUCCCUCUUCCAGAUGCCUCUGCCCGAGGACGCCGUGCAGCUGGGCGGAUCAAUGAGCCUUCAUGGCAAUCACAUGACCCUGGCCUGCUUCCACGGGCCCAAUUUCCGCUCCAAGUCGUGGGCUCUCUUCCACCUGGAGGAGCCCAACAUCGCCUUCUGGACGGAGGCGCAGAAGAUCUGGGAGGACGGCUCCAAAGAUGAUUCUACAUACAUCGUUCAAACACUGGAUUUCCAUCUUGGUCACAAUACUAUGGUAACCAAACCCUGUGGUGCCCUCGAAAGUCCAAUGGCUACCAUUACCAAAAUAACCCGGCGGCGGCAUGAAAACCCCCCACAUGGAGUCGCCACAGUCAAAGAAUGGUUCAACUACGUCACUGCCAUGAGGAAUGAAGAGCUGAACUUGCUCAGGAACGUGGAGGCCAACAACCAGGAGAGCGGAGUGGCGGCUAAAAGCUCCAGUCUGCUGAGCAGCUUCCGCAGCUCCUCCAGCUACAACCACGAAACUGAGACCAUCUUUGCUCUUCCCCGAAUGCAACUGGACUUCAAGUCCAUCCACGUUCAAGAUCCCGAUGAACCGUCUCUAUCAGACUCCAACAGUAAGCCCAAAGUGGAGUGCAGCGUGGUGACAGAAUUCACUGACCACAUCUGUGUCACCAUGGACGCCGAGCUCAUCAUGUUUCUCCACGACCUGGUGUCCGCAUACCUGAAGGAGAAGGAGAAAGCCCUGUUCGCCCCGCGGAUGUUCGCGGCACGGCCCGGACAGAAGAGCCCCACGGCCCUGCAUGACGAGAGCUCCUCAGACAGGGACAAGGACGACAGCAUCAACUACACCACGGUGGACUGGAGGGAGUUCAUGUGCAACACCUGGCACUUGGAGCCCACUCUCAGGCUGAUCUCCUGGACCGGCCGGAAGAUUGACCCGGUGGGUGUGGACUACAUCCUGCAGAAACUGGGCUUCCACCAUGCCAGGACUACGAUUCCCAAGUGGCUGCAGAGAGGCGUGAUGGACCCGCUGGACAAGGUGCUGUCGGUGCUCAUCAAGAAGCUGGGGACGGCCCUGCAGGACGAGAAGGAAAAGAAAGGCAGGGACAAAGAGGAACACUGAGACACACACACACACACACAAACACACACCACUGUAAUCUAAGCUGUGCAUACACACACAGGUCACAUACACUGUAUUACUGCAGCCACUAUUGUACAACACACGUUACCUGCUCCCGCCUGUGAAUCUCAGCUCAGUUGUUUGGCGGCUCUGACUGAAGCGUUUUGCACCGACGUCGUUUUCUGUACAUUUUGAACAAAGUAGCAGCUGUUAGUAUUAUUUGACUGCUUUAACGGUAAACCCUGCCUCUGCCUCUUUACCUGUUGUAAAUGACCUAACUGAAAUCGCUUGAAAGUUUAUUUUAAGGCUUACGAUAUUUCAUGAGAAAUGAUUUCUUAUACCAUUGCCUUUUCUUUGUUUCCCAUGGAACACAUGGUAGAUAUGCUUUAUGUCUUUUAUAGUGUAGCUGAAGAUAUUUAAGAACAGUUCGGUGACAGUGUUCUUUUUUUUAAAUUUUUUUUGAUGUGAACAAAUGAAUUCUGGGAGGUUACGGCACAUCAUCCAUCAGUCAUGAGGAUGACUCGAACUUGUAAUUAUCGUUUGAACCAAGAUCACUAUUUAUGAGUAUGUGAAAUGCAAAGUCUAUAACAUGUAUUAGCUUGGUGUGUCAAGCUUAUUUUUGUCCUUUUUUUAAAAUCCAUACAGUAGAACCAGUGUAUAUAAUUCAAUUUCUUAAAUAUGUUGAUUUCCUAACUUAAUAAAAAUAUUGCCAUUCAAUUUUA